UUAUCUAUACAGUAGUGACACUUUGCAAUGCCAACGUAUUUACUAGUAUAAAGAAAUAAGCACCUGGAGGACAUUAAUCUGAAAAUCCCAGGCAGAGUGUUGCAGUAACCCAUGGCAACUGCUUCUGUGUCAACAGAAAUCUUGGACUAGGCCAGCUCCUGCAGCAGGACUGUGCAGCACCAUUGGCUGCCUGAAUGAAUGACUUGCAAACUUGUCUAUGUAUUAUGCAUGUCAGUUUACCUUUAGUGUGUUCUUGAGCUCAUUCUCAGGUAAACACAGCCGAGAGGAGGCCAGUCACAAGACCCUGUGUACCGAAGGACCAGCUCUUAUUUUGUUGGACUCAGCCUGAAGGGCGUGAAAAAAUGGAGCUGAUCGGAUCCACCCUGACGGCCACAUAUGCUCGGCCAAAAACCAGCCACUUCCUCCCUGCCAUCUCCACCAUGGCAUCCAGCUACCGCAACACCCAGCCGGCCUUGGCCAUGAAUCCCAGUGCCAAUCUGUGGAGGACCAACAGCUAUUACAAGAGCAGCAGCGCCGUCCCGGCCACCUCCUCCAUACAGAGGGAGAACUUAGACCUGGUUCGAGCCAACACCAUGUUCUACCCGUCCAACAGGAGCGCCCUGACCACCCGCUACACCCCGGACGACUGGUACAAGUCCAACCAAAACAACUACAGGGAGUCCGAGUCGUCCCGGAAAAGCGCAGAGAGGCUGAGGAAAGACACUCUGAGGCUGAUGCAGGACAGAGAGCAGCUGACCAGGCGGACCCAGGAGAACACCAGCAAGAACAUCGGCGAAAGGCUCAACGACAUCAUCUUCUGGAGGUCUGAGCUGAGCCAUGAGAUUGACAACAUGGUGACGGAGAUAGCGGCUCUCAAUGAGGUGAAGAGGAGGCUGGAGAGAGCCUUGGCAGAGACUGAAGGGCCUCUUCAGGUGUCUCAAGAGUGUUUGUACCACAGAGAGAAGCGGAUGUCCAUCGAUCUGGUCCAUGAUGAUGUAGAGAAAGACCUCAUAAAGGAAGUAUCCGUCAUAAAGUCGUGUCAGGAGAGGAUGCGUCGACAUCUGGACAGAGCCGUCGCCCAGCUGGCGUCAAACCGAGCGGCCCAACAUGAGCUGGAAAGAGACAUGAGCGACAAAGUGGCAGCUCAGAGGAUAGAUGACAGGUGUCACCAUCUGAGGAACACAUCAGACGGUAUCGGCUAUUACAGAGGAAUUGACAGACUAGACCCUUCACUCUCUCUGCCCGACUCCUGGUCCAAGUUCACGGAUGACAACAUCCUGCACUCCCAGAGCGAGCGAGCUGCUUCCCACAAGCUCCGGGACGAGAUAGAAAUCCUGCUGAACACCACGUCCAACGAAAUGUGGAACCAGUUCAACAGCGUCAACGUAGCCUUCACCAACCGCAUAUCAGAGACGGCUGACACCAAGAACAGCCUGCAGACACACCUGGCUAAGACUUUGCAGGAGAUUUUCCAGACUGAGAUGCUGAUCGAGUCUCUGAAGAAAGCUCUCAGAGAUAAAGAGUGUCCGCUGAAAGUGGCCCAAACCAGGCUGGAGGAGAGAACUCGCAGGCCAAACGUAGAGCUCUGCAGGGACAACCCACACCACAGACUUGUAAGUGAGGUGAGGGAAAUCGAGGACACCAUCCAUAAACUUCAGGAGAGGCUGAUAGAGGCUGAAAACACUCUGCAGACUCUGGUCAAGACUAAAGUAACCCUGGAACACGACCUUUCCAUCAAGGCCAACUCACUCUUCUUAGACCAAGAGAAGUGCAUGAGCAUGCGCAAGAGUUUUCCCAGCAUGCCCCGCCUGGUGGGCUACACCUAAACCGAGCCCUGGAGGAUCAAUGAUGUUCUAAUGGGUUUGGAGCAGUGUGUGAACUAGAACCAUGGAUUCAGGGGAAUGACAGAGAGAACAUUUGUAAAGAGGUUGAUUUUUUGCUUUCAUUUAUGAUUAUUUAUAGUAAUUACCAGAUGAGAAGCAGCCGCAGCUCCCUGCUUUCAGCUCCGGUUUGUUCUUCGCUCUACUUUAUGAUCAUUACUAUCAAGAUCUUUGAGUUAACCCUCCUGUUGUCCUCAUUAACGGGCACCAAAAAAUAUUGUUUCCUUGUCUGAAAAAAAUCAAAAAAUUCAGCAAAAUUUCCCCAAAUGUCUGAAAAUUUGCAAAACCUUCAGGAAGAAAAUUCCAAUAAUUCCUGAAAAGUUUCCCUUAAAAGGUUUUUUU